GGCGAGGCUGCCUACACAUCCUGUUACAGACCAACUACCUUGUGACGAAAAGGAAAACGCAGUUUUGUGGAAAUGGCAGCCCUAAAACAGUCUUGCUGUGGCUGUUCCCUCAAGACGGGUACCAAAAUAACUGCCGUCAUAUAUCUGGUCGCCAGUGUGUUCGAGAUAGGAAUGGCAGCGAUAUGUCUGCAUGAGAACUACAGCAACGCCAUGGACAAAUGUAGGAGGUUCCCACAUGAUGAGCAUUUUCAAGUUGUUGUAUUGGAUUUCAGUAGCGAGGAUUCCGGCUACUGCAACAAACUGGGCACAGUGCUGUGCCUGUUGAAAGUUACGAAGACGCAGCUUAUCGUAUGCCUUGUGUUUGGCAUUACCCAGGCAGUGAGUGCUACGCUUCUCUUCUUUGGAGCGAGUGAGAGUAAGCCAGUUCUGCUCCUACCGUGGAUGGUUGUGCAAAGCCUAGUCAUCAUAACGAUGACUAUUGUGAGCGUUAUCGCAUGUGCGCGAUUUUUUCAUGCUGUCGAGAUAUCCCACUAUCCUGUGGUUGGUGCAGUCUACAUUUGCCUUAGUAAGUACCUAUAUUUAUUUUUGUACGGUGGUAUGGUCUGUGUCGACUAA